AAGCUAAGAUCAAGCUGGCCGGCAUGUGCACACAGUACACCGCUGCCACUGUCGUCCUCGCGAUGUUUCUAUGCCGGAUUUGCUCUGCCGAUGAGCAGCAGCCCGGAUCCUUGCACGGACCGGACGCCUGCAACGUCACCGCCGACGGACGGGAGGUUAUCUGCCGCGGCGCGGGCUUUCUAUCCAUCCUGGACCCGCUCGAUCUCGCUGUUCUUACCACCGCUGUGAAUCUCACCAAACUAGACCUAACGAACAACAAUAUAACAGACAUUCCAGUCCGUGCCUUCCAUCGAAUUUCCAGUCUUGAAGUGUUAUUACUCCGACGAAAUCGUUUGCACAUGAUCGCCGACGAUGCAUUCACAAACUUAACGAGCCUUCGAGUAUUGGAGCUCGAUGACAAUUAUUUAACAAAAAUUCCGACCGCGAUCGUAAAGCUCUCUGGCCUUGAAGACCUGUCCCUCUCGAACAACAGAAUCGAGACGCUGGACGGGCGUGUUUUCCAGCGGGUCACUAAUCUGUUGUCGCUCGAUCUACGCGGGAAUCCCAUCAGGCAGAUCCACGGGGACACUUUUCAGAAUCUACGGAAGCUCCGUAAGCUGAUCCUCUCGAACCUGAAGGAAUUACGGAUAUUUCCGAAUCUGAACGGGACACGGUCGUUAGAAGUGCUGAGAUUGGAUCGGGCGCAAGUAACGGACGUCCCCGUGAAUUUGUGCGAGCAAUGCCCGAAAUUGAAAAGUCUGGAUCUGAAGUCCAAUUACUUGACGGCGAUGCCGAAUUUACGGAACUGCAGCGAGCUACGUGUUUUGGACUUGGCCAUCAAUCAGAUUUCAUCGUUGCCAGAGGAACCGUUCAACGGUCUGGACAUGCUGCACGAUCUCCUCCUCUCUAACAACCGGCUGACGAUGAUUUCAAGCGACUCGUUGGUCGGACUGACGAGACUGCAGGUGUUAGACCUGGAGAGCAAUUACAUCGAGUACAUACACCCCGACGCGUUCAAGGAGACCAAACACCUGGAAGACUUAAACCUAGGAAACAAUGUGUUCCCCGCACUGCCAACAUUAGGACUGUCAGGACUGCUGCACCUGAAAACGUUUAACAACCCAGCGCUCAGGGAAUUCCCAUCGCCAGAACAGUUCCCAAGAGUGCAAACCAUGGUGCUCUCGUACGCUUACCAUUGUUGCUCGUUCCUGUCGAUCGAAGUGGAGGAUUCGGUGACCAAAUCGUCCGUCCAAGAGUCGAUUCUGUUCCCCACCGAUAACGAGUUCGACAUGAGCCUCUGGAACUCGAGCUUCGCCGAUAUCUGGCCGCAGCUGAAUAACAUGACCGACAAAUUCGGCUCGAAAAUAAAUGAACUUUGGGCUAAAUUUGGUUCAGAUUUUACGUACCCCGGUAACCUGCCCUCAUAUGUUGAGGAUUAUUUUGACGAGCAGAACAACCGCGUCACGCUGCCAGCACAGACGCUUCCUGCUCACGUCCAGUGUUUACCCCAACCUGGUCCAUUUUUGCCCUGUCAAGAUCUAUUCGACUGGUGGACGCUGCGUUGCGGUGUAUGGGUAGUAUUUCUACUCGCCAUGCUCGGAAACGGCACGGUCGUUUUCGUACUGAUAUUUUCCAGAAGCAAGAUGGACGUUCCCCGUUUUCUGGUUUGCAAUCUUGCCGCCGCUGACUUCUUCAUGGGCAUCUAUCUAGGUCUCCUAGCUGUGGUGGACGCCUCAACCCUAGGCGAGUUCCGCAAGUAUGCGAUUCCCUGGCAGACAUCCGCUGGCUGUCAGCUGGCUGGCUUUCUCGGCGUGCUUAGCUCCGAGCUGAGCGUGUACACCCUGGCGGUGAUCACUCUCGAGCGAAACUACGCGAUAACCCACGCGAUGCAUCUGAACAAACGUUUGUCCCUGAAACACGCCGGCUACAUUAUGACGGUGGGCUGGUGUUUCGCUCUUUCAAUGGCCACGUUGCCGUUGAUCGGAAUCUCUGACUACCGAAAGUUCGCCAUAUGUCUCCCGUUCGAGACAACCGGGAACGCCGCGCUGGCCUACGUGAUAUUCCUGAUGCUAAUCAACGGGGUCGCGUUUCUGAUCCUGAUGGGCUGCUAUCUGAAGAUGUACUGUGCGAUCCGCGGCUCCCAAGCAUGGAAUUCGAACGACUCCCGUAUAGCCAAGCGUAUGGCGUUGUUAGUGUUCACGGACUUUCUCUGCUGGUCCCCGAUAGCGUUCUUCUCUCUAACAGCGACGUUCGGGUUGCAGCUGGUCUCCCUGGAACAGGCGAAGGUGUUCGCCGUGUUCGUUCUACCGUUGAACUCCUGUUGCAAUCCGUUUCUGUACGCGAUCCUUACCAAACAGUUCAAGAAAGACUGCGUGCUGAUCUGCAAGGCAAUCGAGGAGUCCAGAGUGACUAGGGGGAUCGGCAGGUGCCGGCACAGCUCGAACUUCAGCAACAGACAAACACCGGUGAACACUAACAGUCUGGUGGACCGAUCGUCCAGGGACAAUCAGACGCCGUGCGCUUGCAAUUCGAGGCUGUUGGAGACCGGCGGACAGUGUUCCGGGUACAGACGAUGGGGAACCAGGAUACUCUGGCCGUGCGCGAAAGACACCAGACCGCGUCACGCGAGGAGCGAUCAGUACGCGUAUCAGAUCGCUGAGAUACAACAGAAACAACACAAGAGAGCCUCCUCGGUGUCGUCCAGCGAGAACUUCUCGUCGUCCAGAUCGGACUCGUGGCGGCAGACACACCAUUGCGGUAUACCGUUGAGGCUGCUCGACCCCAAGAGACGCGCCUCGUCCUGGCUGAUCACAAGGAAACCGUCGCAGGACUCGAACCUCAGCUCGUCUAGAAACGACUCCUCUGGUUCUGCUACUACGGCCAGUACCAGCACCUGGAGGAUCUCGAGAUCUAGCGCAUCAUUGGAAAUCACUGCGCGGAACACACCUAGGCCAGCCAGGUCGAAGCCAAGGCUCACCCGUCAGCUGGCGAUCCAAGAGCCGGAACCGCCGGGAUCUCCGAGUCGAUUAGCGGUCAGGUUACUCGCGACGAUACCGUCCGCGGCUGAAACCAGUGACCAACAGGACGACGACGCUACGCCGCCGCAAAAUUAA